GCCAGACUGCUACCUUCUUCCCUUCGCACCAACCACCGUGCGCCGGUCCUUCGCCUUUGCUGACGAGGACGACAACCCCAGCACCCUCUCCCGACGCUCCUUCGCACAACUCCACCCCCUCCGCGCCGGGCCCGCGACCCGUCACACCACCGCCGCGGCCACGAUUCCGGCCAACGCUAAAUUCCACCAACCCACCAACAACCACCGCCGCAACCGCGAUUCUGCCCGUCUGUGCGCCGACACGGCAUGGAAGGCACAUUCACCAAUGUCGCCAAUCAUCUCGUAGGUGACUCGGCUUCCGCCAUCAACGAAGGCGAUGACACUUCCACACUGGAUGCUGCCCUGAACGGCGGCCCCCGGAGAAGACGAGUGGGCGACGAUGACGAUGCAGACGUAUACGAGGACGACGAUCUUGAGUCGCUGGCCAGCCAUGCCAACGGCGUGAACGGUCAAGCUGGGCCUGGCCAAGAGGAGCAAGUGGAGCUGCCUGCUCACGCCUGCGCCUACUGUGGCAUUCACAACCCGAGCUCAGUUGUCAAGUGUCUGACCUGCUCCAAGUGGUUCUGUUCUGCGCGAGGCAAUACCUCCAGCAGCCAUAUCAUCAAUCACUUGGUUCGAGCGAGGCACAAGGAGGUUCAGCUGCACCCGUCUUCUCCACUGGGUGACACCACACUUGAGUGCUACAACUGCGGUACGAAAAAUGUAUUUCUGCUGGGUUUUAUUCCGGCGAAGAGCGACACCGUCGUCGUUUUGCUCUGCCGCCAGCCAUGUGCCGCACAGCCCAGCAGCAAGGACAUGAACUGGGACACCGCGAAGUGGCAACCGUUGAUCGAAGAUCGAUCUUUCCUUUCGUGGCUCGUCAAUUCUCCCACCGAUCAGGAACAGAUGCGUGCUCGUCACCUGCCACCUCAGGUCAUUGCUAAACUUGAGGAGCUGUGGAAGGAUAACAGCAGUGCAACGAUUGAGGAUUUGGAAAAGAGCGCGGGCAUCGAUGAUGAGCCAGCACCGGUUCUGCUGCGAUACGACGAUGCCUACCAAUAUCAAAAUGUCUUCGGCCCGCUGGUCAAGAUCGAAGCAGACUAUGAUCGCAAGCUGAAGGAAGCUCAGAGCCAGGACAACUUGGUCGUGCGCUGGGAUUUUGGUUUGAACAACAAGCAUCUUGCUUCAUUUGUUCUUCCGAAGCUCGAGCUCGGAGAUGUCAAGCUUGCGGUAGGAGAUGAGAUGCGACUUCGAUACACCGGCGAGCUACGUCCGCACUGGGAGGGCGUGGGCUAUGUCAUCAAGAUCCCCAACAACCAGUCUGACGAAGUGACGAUUGAGCUGAGGUCGCGUGGCGAUCACAAAUCAGUGCCCACCGAGUGCACACACAACUUCACUGCCGAUUACGUUUGGAAAGCAACUUCGUUCGAUCGCAUGCAACACGCCAUGAAGACUUUUGCGAUUGACGAGAUGUCAGUGUCAGGAUACAUCUUUCACCGCUUGCUCGGACACGAAGUUGCUGCAGCGCCGAUGAAGGUCCAGAUGCCUAAGAAGUUCAGCGUCCCCAAUCUGCCUGAUCUCAACAGUUCGCAAAUCCAAGCAGUCAAAUCGGUACUGCAGAAGCCACUCAGCCUGAUUCAAGGUCCUCCAGGUACCGGAAAGACAGUCACUUCAGCAACUAUCAUUUACCAUCUGUCCAAGAUGAACGGUGGACAAGUCCUCGUCUGUGCACCAUCCAACGUUGCCGUGGACCAGCUUUGCGAGCGCAUACACUUGACUGGCUUGAAGGUCGUUCGUGUAACUGCGAAGUCCCGCGAGGAUGUUGAGUCCAAUGUUGGCUUCUUGUCUCUUCACCGCCAGGUCGCCAUGAACGAUACCAAUGUUGAACUCAACAAGCUCAAUCAACUCAAGUCGGAGCUUGGUGAAUUGUCCAGCCAAGAUGAGAAGAAGUUCAAGACGCUCACCCGUGCUGCUGAGCGCGAGAUUCUCCAAAACGCCGACGUCAUCUGCUGUACUUGCGUGGGUGCUGGAGAUCCACGUCUGGCAAAGUUCAAGUUCAGAACUGUUCUGAUCGAUGAGAGCACACAGUCUGCUGAACCCGAGUGCAUGAUUCCAUUGGUUCUUGGAUGCAAGCAGGUGGUGCUCGUUGGUGACCACCAACAGCUGGGCCCGGUCAUCAUGAACAAGAAGGCCGCCAAGGCUGGUCUGAACCAGUCACUCUUCGAGCGUCUGGUCAUUCUCGGCUUGUCGCCAAUUCGCCUCCAAGUGCAGUACCGUAUGCAUCCUUGUCUUUCUGAAUUCCCAUCCAACAUGUUCUACGAAGGCUCUCUGCAGAAUGGUAUUACCAUGCAACAGCGCCUCCGCAAGGACGUAGAGUUCCCCUGGCCAGUGGCGGACUCACCAAUGAUGUUCUGGUCGAACCUGGGUACUGAGGAAAUCAGUGCAUCAGGAACGUCCUACCUGAAUCGCACCGAGGCUUCCAAUGUCGAGAAGAUCGUCACACGCUUCUUCAAGGCUGGAGUCAAGCCAGAUGCGAUCGGUAUCAUCACCCCAUACGAAGGCCAGCGCUCCUACGUUGUUCAAAGCAUGCAGCAGACAGGCACUUUCAAGAAGGAGCUCUAUAAGGAGAUCGAAGUUGCCUCCGUCGAUGCAUUCCAGGGACGAGAAAAGGACUUUAUUGUUCUUUCUUGCGUUCGUAGCAAUGAUCACCAGGGCAUUGGUUUCUUGAGCGACCCUCGACGUCUGAACGUUGCUCUGACUCGAGCCAAGUAUGGACUCGUCAUUCUUGGCAACCCCAAGGUCCUGAGCAAGCAUCCGCUGUGGCACUACCUCUUGCUUCACUUCAAGGAGCGGAACUGCUUGGUGGAAGGCCCGCUCAACAACCUCCAAGUCUCACUGUUGCAGUUCAGCCGACCGAAGACUUCCUACAGGGGUCCACAACGCUACCAGAUGGCUUAUCAGCAUGCCAACCACAUGGCCGCUGCUACCGGAGCUCGUGUGAAUGGUCGUCGUGACGGGCCUCAGGGCGAUGGCAGCAUCGUCGGUUAUAUCCCUGAUGAUGUCUCUUCCAUCCACUCCUCGGCACUAGGAGGCGCGGCUCUGCCCAAUCAGUUCCCAACCAUGUUCCAAGGUUUCCAGGAGUCAUGGCCUACUCUCCCUGCUGACCAGCGCCGUCACAUGGGCCACGGCAAUCACAUGCGCGCUCCACCGGAGUCCGUUGCUGGCGAGAGUGUCGCCGCAAGUGAGAUUACUGAUGUCACCACGAACGGCUCUCUCAAGCCAGGUCAAGGUGGCGUGAGCCUUGCAGGCUUGAGCAUUAACGACCUGAACAAGCAAGCUUCGCUGUCUCAGUCUGACAAGCUCCGUCGCUACGUGGAAGGCCAGGGACCACCACAGCCCCCGAUAGGAGCUGGCAGAAACCGAGCGGCUUUGGAGGACGACGCGCAGAGCAGCGUCAGCACCGCAUUCGCUAGCCAAGUCGGUGGUGGCGGAGGCUACGACUGAUUGAUGGACGAUACCAUGGUGUUCGGAGCAUGACUACCAUACACCUCACGCUUGAUGAAAGAAUGAAUGUGCUACUGUUGUCAGCAUCAUGAAAAACUGUGUAUCUGACAGGAUGUCGUCGGACGGUCAUUACCCGUUCAUGCCGCCUGGAUCCUCUUCAACCAAGCACGCCUUCAGAUGCCUUUUGUGCACGCCCACUGGUCAUUCCAGCAAGAGCAAUACGACAAUCCCGCCGUCGUCGUCAGUAUCGAGCUUCGCAUCGUUACUGGUACAUACCCUUUGCUCGAUGCGACUACAUUUGCCAGACCGGCGGCACAUCACCAUAGCAGCUUCAUAAUAUCGCGUCCUCUCGCGUGCGCACGCGCGUAGCUGCGGUGUCCGAAUCAAGCUGUCUGUUUGCUAGCUCUUACUGAUGGCCUGCCUGUUGCCAGGUACAAGUAUGCGUCCAGGCGGUGAACAACACGACGUCCAACGAUCGCUGCAAGUGCAAUUUGCUUGGGCAAGAACACGUUGUCUCUCUGCUUUCUGGAACGUGCUGCACUCGCACGCACCAGAUCUGAGAACAUUGGACAAGAUAACAUAACUAGCUUUAGUCACUCCUUGAAGAGAACAACCAGAAGAAAUCGAUAUCGAGUUGUGACCUUCGUCGCAGCUUGAGAUUCUAGACAAUCCUUCCGUUUCCAGAGUUUUGUGUUGGUCGUAUCCUCUCCUUGACUAACCGGCUCUUUCUGCUACUCGAAUGUGCUGCUUGGUAAUCUGAUUAGUAUACAGAUGUAUGGUGGAAGCGACAUGUCAUCGUCAUCACAUCGCAUUCGCGUUGUCGUCACUGCUAUGUCAAACUGGAAUUGUUUCGAAUCGGGCCGCCAGAGCGGGCGUAGGAAUGUGGUCUAUGAUGAUGAGAGCACGCGCGGCAACGCGGCAUGAUUUGUUCGCUGAUUUUUGUUGUUGCUGCACACAGCCUGCAGCCCGCGAACGCCCUGCGUGCGGGGAAUCAAGCCUUUCCCUUGCAUGUGGACACGCGAGGCUUGUUUUGGCAUGGCCUGUACACGGUGUACAAGUUGUGUUGUACCCAACAAGUGCCCCAACUGUCACAGCAAAUCUGUCGCAGCGGUCGACGGAGAGUGGACUCAUUUCACGCACGGCGCAGAAACGAUGAGGAUGUGUUGCGCUUGUAUUUUGGCGCGCGUGGUUCUUCAUAUUAGUUUCUUUGCAUUGAGCUAUUACAAAUUUACUUUUCGACCGGAGCACGUUGCCGCAGAAGCCACAUUUGCGGUGAGAUUAUAGCUCUGUCGCAUGGUCGAGCUAUCGAAAUAUAAAACACAGACAACAGGCAUUACUGAUCACAUUGUGCGUUCGCACGCGAACCUCCUGCUUAUCUCUGAGACAAGACAAGACAAGAGACAAGAGACAAGAGACUUCGUCUGCAGGCGCACGACCCGGAGAAACCCA